CCAUUUAGAUUGUUGACACCUUUUUGGUUUUCGUUGAAGAAUUCCUCUCUAGAAUAUAGCAAUAUUAAGCUGGUUGCGUUUAAAAGCUUUGUAAUUACAAAACUGCAAUCCAUGCGGUAUUGCUCUUUUAUUGACUUAUAUAAAGAUUGAAUCUUCUUUCAAAGGGAAACAUGAAAUUCUUGUUGUUGCGGCUCUGGUAGUAUCUAUGCAACUUGGGUUUCCUUUACUGUAUGUCAUCUUCUAGGAGUUUAUAUGCAUGCAGUCAAUAAUUUUUCUCUCUCGCAAAAACAAAAAAUAUAUCUUCUUCUUUUUUCAUGUGUUUAUAGUUUUAUUUGAUGGAUGGGUUCCUAAUGGAUCAGGCAAUGGUUUGAUUAGAGGGAUGAUGAAGUUUGCAGGAUAUUCUCUGACAGCUCCAUUUACUCCUAUUUAUCCAAAUAUCCUUAAAAACUAUACGAGAUUGCCGUUUGAUAUAUUUAACAGGAAUUGGACCAAGUCAAGUAGCGUGUCUGUCCAUACUCAAAAAGAUCAAGUACUUGCAAAUGCCGUGAUGGUUGCCGAGCAGUAUCUUCCUCCUUGGUUUAGUGUUGCUCCAAUGAUGGACUGGACAGAUAAUCAUUACAGGACUCUUGCUCGGCUCAUAUCAAAACAUGCAUGGCUCUAUACAGAGAUGCUUGCAGCUGAAACAAUUGUUUAUCAGAAGGAUAAUCUGGACAGAUUCUUGGCGUUUUCUCCAGAACAACAUCCUAUAGUGCUUCAAAUUGGUGGCAAUAAUUUGGAAAACCUGGCAAAAGCAACCAAACUUGCUAAUGCGUACAACUAUGAUGAAAUCAAUUUCAAUUGCGGAUGUCCUAGCCCAAAAGUAGCUGGACAUGGAUGCUUUGGUGUUCGUCUUAUGCUUGAUCCAAAGUUUGUUGGUGAGGCCAUGUCAGUAAUUGCUGCCAAUACAGAUGUUCCUGUCAGUGUUAAAUGUCGAAUUGGUGUUGAUGAUCAUGAUUCAUACAAUGAGCUCUGUGAUUUUAUUUACAAGGUUUCUUCUCUAUCACCAACUAGGCAUUUCAUAAUACACUCGAGGAAAGCACUGCUUAAUGGCAUUAGCCCAGCUGAAAAUCGAAGUAUUCCUCCUUUAAAAUAUGAGUACUUUUAUGGUCUCUUGCGUGACUUUCCAGAUUUAAGAUUGACAAUCAAUGGGGGCAUAAAUUGCGUUGACGAGGUCAAUGCAGCUCUAAGGUCAGGAGCUCAUGGUGUAAUGGUUGGACGCGCUGCAUACCAUAACCCUUGGCAUACUUUGGGACAUGUUGAUUCUACAAUUUAUGGUGCACCAAAGAGUGGUCUUACACGUCGUCAGGUUCUAGAGAAGUAUCAAGUAUAUGGGGAUUCUGUUUUGCGAAAAUAUGGACAAAAACCAGGAAUUCGGGAUGUGGUGAAGCCUUUACUUCAUCUUUUCUACACGGAGCCUGGGAAUGGUCUGUGGAAGCGCAAAGCCGACGCCGCUUUUCAACAUUGCACGACAAUUAAAUCAUUUUUUGAGGAAACCCUAGGGGCAAUUCCCGACUCCGUAAUGGAUUCACCUGUCAGGGAGCCACCAUCUGGUCGUGAUGAUCUUUUUGCAAAUGUACACAGUUUGCUGCCCCCUCCAUAUGAAACGACAGAGCAGGAGGUACUCUAUGCUUAAUUUGUAUACCUAAUUGGAAUUCAUUGCUGCCUCAAAUUGUGAGCAAUUUUUUUGGAACACGAGCUGAUUGGUCUCGUGUAACAUUAUGUAUCAAAAUUCUGUUAUCGAUCAGCAUUUUUGAAUGACUUACAUUUGAAUAUUUAUUUCCGAAAGGAUAAAAUUUUCUUUCAUGGAUCGGAUGAAAUUCUUUCGACCCAGUUUUUUAGACUAACAUGUGUUGCACAUGCAUUUUAAUAGAGCAUGUAA